CUUACAUCGCUGGGUCAUGACAAUGAAUGCAUUGAAGCAAACCAAUUCAUGAACCGUCGCCAAUGCCGCAAUAAUCACCGACAAUAACGCACGGCCGUCCUGACAUUAGGUCAAUCCUACUCACUGCUAUUUCUGAUUUUGAUUUCACCGGCCUGUGCACCGCCGCGGACGACCGGUGAAGCAACAAUAAUCACAGCGGCCACUAUUUGCCGGUAUUCAGAUCACGAUGUCCAACCUCUUCUCCGGGAUCAAUGCCCGGUUGAGGGGAGCUUCGAGCAAGCAGGCGAACAAGAGUCCAGUUUCACCCACGUCCGAGGAUGGCCGCCUGAAUUCGCCUGGCGGGCUACCCCACCGGAGCAAGUCGUCAAGCAACUUAUCGUCCAAGCUACCCCCAUUGCCUACUUCACCAGCCCUCUCUCAGACCAUCAGCACGACGUCCACUGGCGACGAGGUCCUCAGUUCAUACCGCCUGCCGCAACCGCUGCCCCUCUGGCUAAAUCCUGCUUAUGCGAAGCAUAUCGUAAGAGGAAACUUUAUGACGCUCAGCAGCAGGCCGAAAGCUGUAGACCUGGGCGAGUGGAUGGCACACCAAGUGGUUGAGCACUACCGCAACCUCUGGAACUUCGUCCACGUUGUCUAUGCAAAGGAAGUCAACGGCAGCAACAUCUGCAACGCCACCACAUGCCCUCGCAUGUCUGCUGGACCGAACCACUCGUAUACAUGGCUGAACAAAAAGGGUGACGGUUACGAGCGUGUUGAACUGCCAGCCAUCGAAUAUAUCACCUUGAUGCAGCGCUGGAUUUCGGGAAAGAUAGACGACACCAACAUCUUCCCGACCGACCCGGCCAGUGUCUCCUUUUCACACAACCCAAACGUCGCCAAUACCGCGCUCCUCAACAGUCCCGAUGAGUGGGUCGGCAAGCGCAGCGGGUUCCCCAAGGACUUUGCUAGCAUCUGCAAGACCAUUUUCCUGCAGAUGUUCCGGGUCUACGCCCACCUCUACUGGUCGCAUUACGUCGAGCCCUUCUACCACCUUAACCUCGAAAAGCAACUCAAUAGCUGCUUCAGCCACUUUGUGCUGACCGCCACGGCGCUCAACCUGAUCACGCCGCAGGAGCUCGAACCCAUGCAGGCCCUGGUCGACUUGUGGGCUGCGAAUGGCACGUUCCCACCCGAAUCAAAGGCAUACGAGUAUGCCAACCUCAAAGCAGGAAACCGCCUGUUGCAGAUGGGGGGCAUGGCCUGAGAAAGUAGGAGACAGGGAAGUUUGCGUUGCCCUUCACGUUAUGCCAGCAUUGAUUGGUCUUUGGGGUGCAGCGUCUGGAGUUCGGGUUCUGGGAGGACUACAUAAACCCGAGCGAUAUAUGCGCUUUUCGGUCAUGUACAGGGGUUCUUUAGACAAAACAAAUAGGUAACCGCUGCUGCUAGACCGUUGCACGGAAGCAGACGACUACGUACUUCUGAAUCGGCCGAACCAGAUGUUGAAGUUAGUGGCACGAGACAGGCUUCAAGUUAACAUUUUUAAAGUCCAAGAACGGCACUCAAUACCAAACAAGGGAAC